AAAAAUUCAUUCGACACUAUCCCGUCAAAAUCUUUGUGUAUAUACAUUCAAUUUCGUAAUUCGUAAAUAUUACCAUCGCCGGACAUUUUUUUAUUUCUAUCUUUCUAUCUUUCCCAUUUUAGGAUUUUUUAUUUGUUUGUGUGUUUCAUUCUUAAAAGAAAACAUAUAAAAUUUUCGUCAUUGGUAUGUAAGAAUUUAGCAACUGAUUAACAAUCAAUGGUUUUACAAGUCUUUUACAUCCAUAUAAAAACUAAUUUAUGAAGAAAUUUAUCAGGUAUAAGUGUAUAACCUAUUACAAACACGUUUCCACAUACUGUAUCACUCACUCUCGUAUAUACAUCAUUAACAAUUUCGUCGUAAAAUGGUAGUACUUUACACUGCUUUUUUUUUUUUUUUUGAACUUACUUUACACUGCUUUUACGAUGCAUCUUUUCUUACAUUGGCAAUUUGUCAUAAUGUUACAUAUGCUUUACGACAAAAAAUUAUCGUAAAAUUAUUUCGACUUUACGACGAUUGCCUCUCUAAUUGUAAUGUUUUUUUUUUUUGUAAAAUCUCUAAUUGUAAUGUUGUCGUCACCUUACCGUCAAUUUACGACAACCCAAAUUCGUCGUAAUCUUUGUUAUGCAGAUAUUUUCUUAUAGUGUUUCAAUUUUUAUUACACAAUUAUCCUAAAACUCUCUAUUUAGAAAAAAAAAUGAUUUCCAGUGAUUUCCAUUUUUCAUCUUUUUCCGGCAAAGUAUUGUUUCAUAUUAUCAAAAGGUAUUACAUGAUCCGAUUACGUUCGCCAUUUAUAGGAGGGUACAAUCUUGAAGAAACAAAGUGUUUUUUUUUUUAAUGUAAAUAUCAUUUAAAAAUGAAGAAUGAGGUUUAUAAAUAGGGGUUAACAAACAUACCUCUUGAAUGGGUUCCAUGAUAAAAAAAAAUUUAAAAUAUAGAAGCAAUUUUUUUUAAUAAUUCAACUGUUUAACUUGGUAGCGAACAUGAGAAGAAAUAACCGAUACAAACUUGAAGCACCAAAAUGAGAAAUGAAACCGAUACUAGUACGGUAGAAGAAACUCAAAGACAAAGUAGAAUCACUAGCAAAAAGCUGAUUCUGCUAAUGCUUUGUUGCUAGCAAAUGAGCAACCCCAUUCCACGUUCUUCUCGUGAAUGUAAAGGUCCAUUGAGCAAACUUAUUUUUCCAGUAGGAAAUGUCACUGCAAGAAUUAUCUAUAUUUCAAUUUUUCAUCUUAACAUGCUUUCUCUCUUUAUGAAAUUUCUAUUUUCAAAUUAACUACAUGAUAGUGAGAGAAAGAGGAAAGAAAAGUAAAAUACAAAAACAUCCAAACGUACGUGUUUAUAGGUAACGUAACAAACGUGUACAUGUGCACGAAAAGGCAUAUAUUAGUUUCACAGUAACCGUUGCAACCCACUUCUUUAGAAGUUUCCUUAUUCCACAUUGUAAAAUCCGACAAAGACACAGAAACAAAACACAAAAAUUCAUUGAUUGGGUUUAAGAAGGUGAAGAGAAUGAAGAAGCAGACAAACACAAACUCAGUCUUGGAGAAGAAACUUGAAGAACUCGAGAAUCUAAGUGAAUCACUCACUUUUAAUGAAGAUGAUCCCAGUGUCUACCGCGAUAUCGAACUCCGAGUUAUUUUCGCGAAGACCCUCUUAGCGGCUGAGAUUUCUUCCCGGCCUAACGACACAGAAGGAGAAGAAGGCAGUGAAGAAAGGGUGAAAUUUGCUUGCAUGGCCAAGAGGUUAACCGAACUCGAAGAGGCUUUUACAACCAAUCGACUCUCCGGUCGUGAUGAUGAGAAUUUGGAUAAUAAUGAUGGUGUUGGCGAUGGUGAAGCCGGUUCGGUUGUCUCGUGGGUGAAUUCUUGUCAGGAAGAACUCGAUAAAGCAGAGGAAGAGAAGGAGGAGGAGGAGGAGAAGUUGCUAUUGUUUCAAGAUGCUUCAUCGGAGGAGAAGAAAGGAGAUGAAGACGAUGAGCAGUGGCCAUUGUUUCAAGAUGCUUCAUCGGAGGAGAAGACAGAGGUUACGUUUCCUGCAGUGCCGGUUAAGGAAGAGGUAGUGGUUAGAGAUGUGAAAGACAAGAGGCGGUUUGGUUUUAUGGAUUUGAUCUGUUUCGGUUUAAUGGGUGUGAUUAUAACCUUACUAUUAGGGUAUAUUGGUGAUAUCACAGAGGAAGAUCCUUUUCUUACCCCUACUUAGGUGAUUGUUUCAUUUGAUUUUCACUCUGUUUUUAGUUUCAUUCUUUCAGUUUGCUACUUGUAUGAAUACAUUAGAUGGUUGUAUUCUUUCAUUGUAUGGUUUAAUGAAUGAGUAUGAAGUAUAGUAAUCAAAAAGCUAUGAUUUUUAAAUUACAAAAACAAAGACAGAAAGAAGAGAGAACUUGUAAUUUGUGGAAUUUUUUUCUCGUACCAAAUGCAUACCAAAGUGACAAACAGAGCCAAACCGUUCACAAGAAAUCGAACAUAUGACCUUUCUAUGGAGAUGGGUAAAUACUGUU